CAACAGGCUGAGUUCCAACGAUUUCUUCAAGGAAUCUUUGUUUGUGCAACAUUGAGCUGGGGAUCUUCAUCGCGUUUAAAGACUACCGGACCCGGUCUUGACCAAUCGUCCCUAUACAACUAGUAGAAAGUGCUAGCUCACGUAAUUGAAGAGAAGGAGAACCUGCACUAGAAAAGAGCCCUUAGCAGCAUGGCCCGGAACCGGGCUCAGGAUAUGGAGGAGGAUGACGAAGUGAAGUUCGAGACGUCAAAGGGCGUCAAGGUGUACAAUACUUUUGAUUCCAUGGGGCUCAAGGAGGAGCUUCUUAGGGGACUAUAUGCUUAUGGCUUUGAGAAGCCGUCGGCUAUUCAGCAACGAGCAGUCCUGCCAAUUGUGCAAGGGCGUGACGUUAUCGCCCAGGCACAAUCAGGCACGGGCAAAUCGUCCAUGAUUUCUGUUUCUACGUGCCAACUUGUUGAUGUCACGCUGCGGGAGUGCCAAGUCCUUAUACUAUCUCCAACGCGUGAGCUGGCACAACAAACGGAGAAAGUUAUCCUUGCUGUGGGCGAUUUCAUGAACAUCCAGGCCCACGCCUGCAUCGGAGGAAAAAGCCUCGGGGAGGACAUCCGGAAGUUGGAUAGCGGCGUGCACGUCGUGUCUGGGACGCCCGGUCGCGUGUUUGACAUGAUUCAGCGCCGGAACUUGCGGACACGGCACAUUAAGACGCUCAUCCUUGAUGAGGCGGACGAGAUGCUGGCGAAGAACUUCAAGGACCAGAUUUACGACAUCUACCGGUACCUGCCACCCGAGACUCAGGUGGUGCUGGUGAGCGCUACGCUGCCCGCGGAGGUGCUUGAGAUGACGAAUAAGUUUAUGACGGACCCCAUCCGUGUGCUGGUCAAGCGUGAUGAGCUCACACUGGAGGGCAUUAAGCAGUUCUUUGUUGCUGUGGAGCGAGAGGAGUGGAAGUUUGACACGCUCUGCGACCUGUACGACACGCUGACGAUUACACAGGCAGUCAUCUUCUGCAACACCAAGCGCAAGGUGGAUUGGCUUACGGAGAAGAUGCGGCAGAACAAUUUCACGGUGGCGUCCAUGCACGGCGACAUGGUGCAGAAGGAGCGCGAGGCCAUUAUGGGCGAGUUCCGUUCGGGCGCGGCCCGUGUGCUCAUCACCACGGACGUGUGGGCGCGCGGCCUGGAUGUCCAACAGGUGUCACUGGUCAUCAACUACGAUCUGCCCAACAAUCGUGAGCUGUACAUCCACCGCAUCGGGCGCUCGGGCCGUUUCGGGCGCAAAGGUGUUGCCAUCAACUUUGUGCGCAAUGACGACAUUCGCAUCCUGCGCGAUAUUGAGCAGUACUACUCGACGCAGAUUGAUGAGAUGCCCAUGAACGUGGCUGAGCUCAUUUAACGGCGGUUGUUCAGGGUCGUUUCGGGAGAGCUCUGGACGAAAAGAGGCGCGGGGUGCUGGGCCUCUUUGUUUUCAUUGGGGAUAGUGGGACGGUACAGGAGGGCGGCAGCGAGGCUUCAUUCGCUGUGGCCCUGUGAUUUUUGGCUAAGAUAAGAAAAUCUCCGGACAGAUUACAGAGAGUGCUGCUGCUUUCUCUCCUCCGAUGCAGUUUUAAACCCCUUUAAGUCCCCUAUGAGGCCGUGCUCCACGCUUGCUGCCUCAAGUCGGAAUGUUGUGCUGUGUAUCGUGCUACUAUUAGUACAUAGGACUCCCUACGCGGUUUUAAUGGGGGAAGGGGGAGGGAGGUAUGCAGUGGGACAUCUGACAUUUUGAUGGACGUCCGUUGUUUAACGUGUUGCUGGUGAUAAUGACACAGCACUUGGCCCCUUUCUCCAUCCCACGGUUGUGUAUGUAUGCAACUGUGUAUAUGGAUCAGAUGGACAGAUUGCAUUCUGUGCUUUGUGUGUUUUUGAACAACACGACGUUCUUACCGUCGCCUGGGUGUUGACACGUGCAAUACUGUCGACAGCGUUACAAUCAUAAAGCUUAUCUGCUCACGCUUAGUAACAGGACUUAGUAACAGUGACUUAGGAAGGUUGCAACUGCUGAUGAUGAUAACGUUCGUUGCCGUUUUUUAUGUGGUCGGCGUCGCGCGCAUUUGUAACUCCGCGAAGGGCUGGG